GUUACAUGGCGCACUGGGUUUUGGUUGCGCGCCGAACGCACCGCAGUCAACACGGCUUUCGGACUUUCGAUUUUUUUCACACCGCCAGUACUUGUGCCAGUUUGGCAGUAGAGGUGUUAUUGGCUCCUCUGCGAAUCUAAUGGAAGAGCGUUCCUUCGGGCGAGUGUCUCCUGUCGUUCUCAAUAAAUCAAACAUUCGCCACAAGCGCGACAACUGUCGUAAACAACAGAUCCUCCUGCUGCUACUAUGCUGUUUAAACGGAUCAUCGAAGGAAAGUCGAUGUUGAACGAGACGAAUAAGUCUUCAGAGAAAUGUUCUAGAAGGAAGUCGGAAUGCGCCGGCUGUGGGGAACAUUCCACAAUACUGGAGGAGAUGUUAAAGAUGGUGCUGCUGGGUAUCGUGUUGUGGGCUGGGGUGACAUUUGGUGCUCACGUCGCCCCAUACCCCCUGAAUCUUAUUCUCACGACGGACAUAAGUCAUCCACCACCAAUGUAUGACUUCCCGUUUCCAAGCGCCCAAAUGCUAAAGCGAUUGCCCCCAGUAACAACAGCGCACACGAAUAAGUCAAUAAACUUUAGCAAGCUAUCAAUUUCGAUGCUUGAACGCUUGGAGGACAACUUAGAUAUAUCAGGCAUUAAACCAAAAGCAGGUUCGGCGGCUUUGGGCCUUGCCAUCCAUGGAUCUCCUUCUGUUGACGCAAUGAAGUAUGAGAAAUCGUCUAUGACAAUUACAAAGGCAUCUCAGAACCUGGUUUGGACAAGAUGUGUUAGAUACGGCUUGGCGAACGAUGAAUGUGCCAGCUUCAUAAGCACGUUGAAUUUACGGGGAACUGAAUAUGGUGGCGAAUGCUCUCAACUGGAAAAAUUUACUUGCGGCACCAACAAAAUGUCGUCGAGAUAUCGUACAUUUGAUGGAUCAUGCAACAACCCUGUACGAUCUUCUUGGGGACAAGCGCUUACUGGUUAUAAACGACUUUUGCAUCCGAGAUACUCUGAUGGUAUUGAAGAGCCUCGUCGUGCUCAUAGCCACAAAGAAUUGCCAUCAGCUCGCUUAGUCAGCACAGUUUUAGCUAACAACUUGGAUGUGCCAAAUAACAAAAAGACGAUUGCCCUGCCUGUGUGGAGUCAAUUCAUUUUACACGACUUGGUACAUACACCUGUUCGUAAAACAAUUCACACUAACGAAGCCAUCCGAUGCUGUGACGAUUCUGGUUACAACCUCAGUCCUCGGUAUUUGCAUCCCAGUUGUAUGCCCAUCUCAGUACCUGACCAGGAUCCUUUCUACAAAGAUAAAUAUGUGACCUGCAUGGACUACACGAGAUCUGUCACAACCUACCGUGGAGACUGUACUUUUGGCGCUGCUGAACAGAUGAAUCAGGCAACGCAUUUCAUGGAUGGCUCUCACAUCUACGGUUCAACUAGCCGAGAUUCAGCUGCUUUGCGCGAGAUGACUGGUGGAUUGUUGAAGACAUCUGUUAUUGACAACGAGGAAUUAUUGCAGCUGGCCGCAAAUCCCACAGAGAAGUGUCUUGUUGACAACAAAUCUGGUGCCUGCUUUAAUACUGGUGAUGUUCGUGGAAAUAUGCACCCAUGGCUAACUAGUCUGCAUUCCCUAUGGGUUAGAGAGCACAAUCGCAUAGCAAGGACAUUGGCGUCCCUGAAUCCUGGCUGGAAUUCUGAUAAACUGUACCAUGAAGCGAGAAGAAUUGUUGUUGCGGAAUUACAACACAUUAGCUACAAGCAUUGGAUACCUGCACUCACUGGUAAAGGCUUCGACGAGAUGUUCGACAGUUACGACAUCGGUUACAAUUCGGACAUUGACCCCACCAUCACCAACUCCUUCGCCACGGCGGGCUUCCACUUCGUCAACAGUUUACUCGACCAGGACAUCGAAAUGCUAGAUGAAAACGAUAAGACAACCGCACAUCGCCUAAAGAACAGCUAUUUCAAACCUGAACUGCUCGCUGAGAAGAAAGGCCUUGAGAAUAUCCUCCGGGGUAUGGUUAAUCAGAAAAGCCAGAAAUUGGACUUCAAUUAUGAUGACGAUCUUCAUCAUCAUUGGCUGGGUGGUCUGGACGUGAUGGCGGUGGACAUCCAGCGUGGGCGCGACCACGGGCUGCCUGGCUACGCUCACUACCGCGCGCUGUGCGGCCUGCCCCUGCCCACUACCUUCGCGCAACUCGCCGAUGUCAUGCCGCAGGACGUUAUCGACAAGUUAUCAGAAUUGUACGAGCAUCCCAGUGACAUCGAUCUGGUAGUGGGAGUGAUGGCGGAAUACCAUCUCGAAGGCUCUCUGUUGGGACCCACUGCUUCGUGCCUCCUCAAGGAACAACUGUGGCGUACUCGUAACGGUGACCGUUACUUCUACACGCAUUCGGGAGAGUCUGGCAGCUUCUCUAAGAGACAACUCGUGGAGCUGCGACGCGCUUCAUUGUCCAGGCUUCUGUGUGACAAUACAGACAUACGCAGCGUUCAGAAGGACGUGUUCCAACCGGCCUCUGAAAGUAAUCCCAUCGUGCCCUGCGAAGAAAUCAAGAAAGUAAAUCUUGUCGCGUGGCAAGAUCCAUCCCAGCAACCUGACAUCUUCACACGAACCAGCAAGUGGAUCAAGAAUAAAGUAGGUAAUGUCGGAAACUCCACCAAGUAAUUUUAAGUUUACUCUAAUUUAGAAAUUUAAGCUGCGGUUCACAAAAUAGAUUUAUUUAUGAAAACAAUAUUUAGAUAAUACGGUCAUUUUUAUCAAGAUGAAUGAUUUUUUUUUUAUUCUUUUCAAGUUAGCCCUUGACUACAAUCUUACCUGAUGAUGCAAUCUAAGAUGGAAGCGGGCUAACUUGUUAGGAGGAGGAUGAAAAUCCACACCCUUUUCGGUUUCUAAUCAAUUAAUCAUAUUUUGUAUAGUCAAUCAUAUUUUGUAUUGUAAAUUGAAUCAGGUUUUAGUGGCUUACAGACAAACAUUUGGAGUAGACAGUGUGUUAGUGUGUUAUAUUGAAGGAACGUUUUAUAGCGAAACGAAAUCAGUUAAUACACACAAAUGCGCUUCUUACCCAUUGACUUUAUACUAUUAGAUAUGCCACUAGCGCGUCUAAACUGAGGCAACCAAAGUCACCACAUUGGCUUACUUUCAUUUACAUAAACAACAAAAGUAAUUAGAGUUUAUAUUUAUUUAAUAACCUAAAUAUUGACUACAACGCUGUUCAGGAAGUGUUAAAUAUAUAGGUAAGUAAACUCAAACUUGUGAAUGUUAGUGCCCAGUGUUGUAAUAAAAUCAAUGAUAUUACCAGUACCACUACAGCCAAAGCCAAACAGACUUCCUGGAAUAUAAUAUAUUUCAUGCAAUAAGAACUGCCUUAAUGACGUCACUAAAUGUUUUGUAAUCAUAAUUGCGUGUGUGGUUUAACUAUUCAAAACAUUUUUUUAUGAUUCUUGAUAAUGAAUGAUGUAAGUUUGAUAAACAGAGUAUUGUGAAUUAUAAAUAAGUAGUACCUACUAUACUUUUAAUAUAUCACUGUUUAUAUGAGUAAUUUAAAAUAUUUGGAUGGACGUGUCUCUUAUCUAUGUAGGCACAUUAGCAAAAACUAAUAAUUGCCUAAAAUUAGAUAUCUAAUUGUUUUACGCAAAGCACCGCAGUUUUACUAUCGAGCGUAGUAUGAUUCAGUAUUUUGGUUGAUUAGAAUUUAAUUAGUCAUUAAGUUUUAUUAUACUUUACCACGUUGAUCACAUUUUGGGCUUGACCAAGAGUUUUAAUAGGACACACCAGUGAGAUGUUAUUGACCUAUACCUGUUUAUGACUUCAGGUGUAUCUUGAGAAGGAUUAGCUGAUACUCUAAGGCUAGUAACAUCUCACUGACAAACAAUAUAGAUAUGUAGUAGUUGUAGUUUAUAAUUCUCGACAAUAAAGUCUAAAAUGGUUGUUUCUUUUUAGAAAUAAAUUAGUUCCUAUUGUACUUCGGUUUGGCCCAAAAUGUGAUAAGUCCGUAUUGAAUGCGUACGGACGCCAUAUUGUACAGUGGCUGUGAUAACGUGGAAUGGUCCACUUAUGUUGUAGUCGGAUGGAGACGUGCUGCAGAUUCUAAAGAUCCAUAUGUUAAAAGGUCUUUAGACUAACAGGCCCUACUUACCUAAUAUGACAGACAAUGCUUCCCAGGCAACACAAACAAGCUACACGAAGACGAGGUCCCCGGUAUCUGACGUCACCUGGACGUGGGUUUUUUAUCUUAGGGACGCCCGAACUGAUACACUCAGGCCAAAACAUCCUUCCAGAACGGCUCUCUAAGCCGAAGUCCGAGUCUCAGAGGAGACAUCUUUAGAGAGUCGUUCCGCCCACAUCUUCUGCUUCUGCCUUCGGGCUCCAUAAAGCCCAAAACACCCGGUGACGUUUCUGAGGUCUCGUUAAGGAGCCUACGGCACUUACAAAAUCAGAAAGAACACUUACCUACCGGAGUUUCAGGGCGUAGACGUUGCGUUGUGAACGGUAUAACUAUUGAUGACGCCAUUUAUCCAAUAUGGCGGCGGCAGCGACUAAGUUAAGAUUUGGGAAGUAACAGUUCUUAAACAUGGAUUGAGAUUGAAACCUUUGUUUUAUUUAAAACAAAGGAAAUAUCGGCGAUAGAGUGAAAUUUAAACAGUAAUGUGACAAUAGAGUACCUAGACUACUGUUUAAAGUUCAGUUUACUUUGGGGUUUAAAUCCUAAUCUAUGUAUAAAAACAUGGUUUAGAUAUGCGCUAUGCCAACUAUUAUAUUCUGUGGCUAUGCACAUUGCACAAGUUUUUCGUCAUUGCUAAUGUGAUGGGCGUGUGUAGUAGGAUUCGUAUGCCGUUUUAUGUGACCCGAAAUGGGGGCCCUCGACGCAUCGCUACGCUACGAUAAGUACGCUUGUGUGCGUAUCGGUGAAAUUAACUUAGCUCUUACGCUCACAUAGUCACAGAAGUGACUUACGUUUAGAGUGAAAAAUUGUUAGGUGUUGCGAGUCUAUAGGUUGUGAAGGGCCUGUUUAAUAUGUUACGAAUAACUCAUUCCGACUACAUCGACCGCAUUUCGAAAUUUGUAGAAGAUACCUAGUUAUAAGAUAUUUUUGGGAGUUUCAAGUUAUCCGACUAUUAUCGGAAUGUCUUUACGAGAAUUUGUUGUGUUUGAGUAUUUUUGAUUUUGUCUCAAAUUACAGAAACAUAGACGAACAAGAAUAUUAGAAUCUGAUGUUUCUUAAAAAAGUUGGUCUAUUUUAGUCUAUUUUUCUCAUUUUAUAAGAGUUUUAGAAUUGUUUAACGAUCAAAAUAGAUCAAAUUUAUGAACAAAUGAGUUAUUUAUUUAUUUUUAAAAAUUAUGAACUAAAAGUAUUUCUCGAAGUUAUGGUAUUGCACAUUUUUCUACAAUUUUUGUGUAUCAUCUUGCCAAAGACUGGAUUGCAUCUGAUAGCGAAUAAUUAUGUAGCAAAAUAACUAUUUUAGUAUAAUUCUUGAAAAGUCUUAAUUUUAUAGAAUAUUUAACUACUUUGUAUUUUUUUAAUUUACCGUUUUACUGUUUUAAAAUGUGGGUAACCAUUAAACAUUUUAAUUAUUUCGUUAACGAAAUAAAGAUGUAAUUUAAUAUAUUGUAUAUAAAAAUAUUGAAUUUAUUCAAAAAGAGGCUUUAACUUACUCGAAAAAAAUUGUGUCUUAAAUUAUGUUUAUCAUUGAAUUACUUAUUUAAAUUGUAUUAUAUUAUUAGAAAUACAUAAUUUUGUUCUGUUAAAUUAAUUUAACCAGGGUAAUAAUUUUAUUCAAUUGUCAAUUUUUUUUAAUAAAACCUUCAUUUGGUA